GAGCUUCCCGGGCUGCCUGUUCUCCCAGGCGCUGGUUGUGAGUGCCGGUCCACAGGAGCAGCGGAGCGGAGCGCCGUGACGCUGAUCUGGGAAUGCGCACGGCAGCCGGAAGGACGAGGCUUGGAAGCGGCAGGGUGUGACGGCUGAGGACGGGCGGCUGUCGUGAUCUAUGGCAGAAGCAAGCAGCUCGGCGCUGGGAAAGCUUCCCACCAGUUAGAUGCCCCGAGGGAGAGAGCAGCUCCAGCUGAGCUGAUGCCUCCUGGCACCUGACGCAAGCUCAGCUUCUGACAUGAAGAAAGACAUAGACACUUUCAUAGCCCGGGAAAAAGCGGAGAUCGUUGCCAAGUAUGAGAAGGGCAGGCAGGAAGGAACUCAGAUUGAUCCGUGGGAAGAUGCCGACUUCGCGCUGUAUAAGGUUACCGACCGGUUUGGAUUCCUGCACGAGCAGGAGCUGCCGAUGCGCACCGCGCUGGAGGAGAAGCAAAAACAUCAAGAAAUUGAGCGAGUGGACAAGUGGCUAAAGAUGCUGAAGAAAUGGGGCAAAUACAGGAACAGUGAGAAGAUGCACCGGCGAGUGUACAAGGGGAUCCCGCUCCAGGUGCGAGGCCAGGUCUGGUCGCUGCUGCUGGAUGUCGAGAAGAUGAAGAAAGAGAACGAAGGGAAGUACGAGAAAAUGAAGGAACAGGCGAAGAGCUUCUCUUCGGAAAUCAAGCAGAUCGAUCUGGAUGUGAACCGCACCUUCCGAAACCACAUCAUGUUUCGGGAUCGCUACGGAGUGAAGCAACAGGCGCUGUUCCACGUGCUGUCAGCGUACUCGGUUUAUAACACCGAGGUGAGCUACUGCCAAGGCAUGAGCCAGAUCGCAGCCAUCCUGCUGAUGUAUUUAAACGAAGAGGACGCGUUUUGGGCACUGGCGCAGCUGCUAACGGACCAGCGGCACGCCAUGCAUGGUUUUUUCAUUCCUGGCUUCCCAAAGCUGCAGAGAUUUCAAGCUCAUCACGAGCAGAUUUUAAGCAAACUGUUUCCAAAGUUGAAGAAGCACAUGGACAAGGAACAGAUGACCACGGGGAUUUACACGACCAAAUGGUUCCUGCAGUGUUUCAUUGACCGGACGCCCUUCACUCUCACUCUGCGGCUCUGGGAUAUCUACAUCCUGGAAGGAGAGCGGGUCCUGACGGCCAUGGCGUACACGAUACUCAAGCUGCACAAAAAGCGCUUGCUGAAGAUGUCUCUGGAGGAUCUCCGGGAGUUCCUGCAGGAGAAGACUGCUGCUUCUCUGCAGUACGAGGACGAUGCUGUGAUUGAGCAGCUGCAGGUGUCCAUGGGCGAGCUGCGCAAGAUGAAGUUCGACCUCCCGCCGCCAGCAAAGCCUGAGGAAUUCCCACGGAAACCCCUGGGCCUGGAGCUCUCGCUCAGCUGCGUGGCAGUGAAGACCAACGGGCAGAACGGCAUCGUGGGCGAGCACCACGCGGACAGGGAGGCCACGCAGCCCCCCUCUCCCAAGAGAAGCCCCGCAGGAGAAACGGCCGCCGAUGCGAGCACAGCGGUGGCGGGGCAGGCUCCUGUUGUGCAGCGCAGCGACCCGGCCGAAGCGGCGGACGGCCCCCUGUGUCCAGCAAGGAGCCGGGAUGAGGAACAGACUUCAGAGGAUGGCCAGGCAGUGUCGCCUGAGAAAACUCUCCGAGACCUCCCAGCAGAGCAGCCCGCAGCUCGGGAAGCGAGUGAGGAGCAGAGCUGUGGGGUGAACCGAGAGGGUGCCUGUGCGAGCAGGGACCCAGGGACCCGGGGGGCAGGGCCGGGCGGCGCGGAGGCCCCGGCAGGACCGGUGAGUGCGGCCGUUGCUCCCGCAGCAGCCCAGUCCCCGGCACUGCACCGGCUGCUGCUGCCCGAGCGCGGCCCCACGGGCGUGCGGGCUCCAGCGGGGCUGCCCCUCCUUGGCGCCGAGCACGAGUCACCCCUGAGCCAAACGCCCUCCCUUGCCACCCCGGCCAGCUCCGGGGACUCUCCUCUCCAACGCGUGCCAAGCCCCCCAGACUCCAGCACCACCGCCUCUUCGCUAGAGCUGUCGCCUGGGGAGCUUUUGCCGUCGCCCGAGCAGCUUUGCAGCAUGGAGCCCUCAGCGGGGCAGCCCGAGGCGGCUGCGUGCAGUUGGCCAGAGGGCCGACAAGCAGCUCCCUUGUGUGAAGAGAGCGCCCUCGCUGCCCUCCCCACUGCCCUGCCGGACGGGGAGCAGCCGCGCUCCGACACGCCGCGGCACGGCCCCUGCCCGGACAGCGAGCACCGCGAGAACACGGCUCCUCUGUGGGGCAAGAAGCGGGGCCGAGCGCUGCAGCUCAACAGAGCAGAGCUCAGGCACGUGGGCCUCAAGUCUGCCUCUGUGGACGAGCUUGCCAAGCUGCAGCAGAACGGCCCGGGGAGCGCCCGCGGGGCGGACGUGCCCGGAGGACAGGGCUCCGCAGCACUUGGUGCCUUUGCUCUGCAGAGGGUGUCGGGGGGCAGCGAGCCCGUCCUGCCGGGGAGCGACGUGGUGCUGGCGGCCGGGGGCUGCCCCCAGCCGCUGCCCUCCCUGUGUGCAGAGGGCAAGAACAGCCCCUACGCCGUUGUAAAGACCAUGACCCCGCUGCACGUGGCCCACGCCACGGAGCAGGACCUCCUGAGCAGGAAGCAGGUGGCACUGCCUUUGCCGGAGCCUGGCCGCCCCCCAGGCGCUGCCUCUGCUGCCCCAGAGGACCUCGAGGGCGCCCCCAGGGGCACCCAGAAAUCAUUGACUGCACAGAGGGCGCCGCGGCCUCCCCUGAGCCCCAAGCCAAACCUGCCGCCGAAGGUGACCAAAUCCCACUCGGACAGUAAUUUCAAUGCAGACCCUUGUCCCCCGGCACAGUUGCCCAAAUCGGUGACGUUUUAG